AUGUCCACCAGCACCCACAGCCACGCCGGGAGCCGGCAGUUCCCGGGGAACUGCACCCUGGAGAAGUCCCUGCAGACCGUGGUGGACGUGUUCCACCAGUACAGCAUCCGCCAGGGCGAGAUAGACCUCCUGAGCAUGAGCGACUUCACCACGCUGCUGAAGGAGCAGGCGCCGUCCUUCCUGCGGACCUGUGACAGGAACCGGGCUGGCUACUUGGAGAGGCUCUUCCAGGAGACCGACCUGAACAAGGACAAGGAGCUGAGCUUUGAGGAGUUCACCAUCGUGCUGAGCAAGCUGGCCGACGAUGCCCACCGCAUCAGCCACGGCUCCGAGCGCUGCGGGCCCGACUAG